CUAUUUAAUUGGAGUUAGGUGCGCUUCAUGAGGAAUCAGUGUGAGCGGAUCAGAGUCCGUGGGAACCCGACACGCAAAGUCGGAAAACAUCCUCCAUGGCUCCGUUUGAGAAAGCCCAGCACCCCAAACCCUUUAAGCAGAGGAAGAGCUUUGCAACGCGAAAGCAGGAGGUGGCGGGAAUCAGAAGCAAAUUUCCAACCAAAGUGCCGGUGAUCAUAGAACGAUAUCAUCGUGAAAAAUACCUCCCGCCCUUAGACAAAACAAAGUUUCUUGUUCCUCAAGAACUAACAAUGACUCAGUUUGUGACUAUUAUCAGAAACCGGAUGACUCUCAUGCCAAGCCAGGCUUUCUACCUGCUCAUAAACAACGCGGGUAUCGCCAGCAUGUCCCUUACUAUGGCACAGGUGUACAAGGACCACAAAGAUGAGGAUGGCUUUCUGUACAUGACCUAUGCCUCUCAAGAAAUGUUUGGACACUGUAAAUGUGUGGAUCAAUUCUUAACAUGAUUAAUAUACUGUUGCAUGGGGUGAAGUUUAAAAAUGUAAAAGGGGUUGUUUAAAAAUUGUAGGUAACACUAUUUAAUAAUGCUUGUACAUAACAUUGAUUUGUAUUUGUUUUAAAAAUUCUGUAUUUUGCUUGUAUCAUGGGAAUGUUUUUUUUUUUAAUUAACUAAGUAAUAAAUUGCAUCUGUCAUUCUUGCA